ACACACACACAAACGUACGACUCCAUUCUUUUGUCUCUCUCUCUCGUGUGUUGUGUACUGCAGUCUCGGCCGUAUACGCGCGAUACACGACUCCUCUUGUGUACUCCGGCAGAAAAAGAAUAUCGUAUCGAUCGUCGUGUAAUCGUAUAUUUAAUAUAAUAAAACGCGACGCAAUUCGCGCCGAUAUCAUGUCAGUGUCUUUGUUACGCGGCAUAGCAGAGCGAACUUUAAUACGGUGUCCGGGCUGCCUAUAGCUUGCACAAGGUACAUAUAGGUAUAUACAACGAGCAUCGCCGCGAGAGCUGCAGUGCUAAAAAAAGCACGCUAUAACCGCGGAUCGAUCCGCCUGAUUCUCGCUCCUCGUGCUGCAGCCUGAAAGUGCAUAAGUGUCGGUGUGCGUACUUGGUGUAUAUGUAUACACGAGUUGCAUAUAUACCUCGCUGCGUAACAACGCGUGUGUGAGAGAUCCCCGCACACGCUAUAUACGUAUAUAUCGAGCGAUAUAUUCCUCGGCGGAUCGUUGUUGCUGCUGCUGCAAAAUAUCGGACCGUCGCAGUAAUAGUAUACGGGCGACCGCGUGGUGAAAAGAGAGGCAGAGAUUAUAUAGCGCACGGCGCGCACACGGUUAUAGAUAUAUAUAUGCGUUACCAUACCUAUACGAGGUAGUGCGAAUAUAUGUAGCGGAGAGUCUCGCGCGACUGUUUACGUUUUCUCCCGCGCAUUUCUUUUUUAUCUGGCGGCCACAUGCGAGUAAUACUCGUCGAGAUCGUUCGUGAAAAGUGAAGAGAUAGAAAAAAAGAGUAACAAAUAAUACAGGACCGACCGCGCGCGGCAUCUGUACGAAAGUUUCCAUUGAAAAAUUUGUCGGAGCAGACACAAUGUCGCCCAUCAACGUCGUCUUUCCCAACGAGGAUGGCCCUUCGAGAGCGAAGAAAUGGCGCAUCAAGAAGGGCGAGUUCGUUAACGUCGGCAAGCUGUUGCUGAUCUACACCGACGUCGCCACGGACAAGGUCGAGAAACGCAUGAAGUCAACGCAAGUCGGCAAAGUCGUCAAACUGUGCGUCAAGGAAAACGAGGUGCUACAUCCGGGUCAAGUCAUAGCACAGCUAGAAAAAUGCAAACAUCCUACUGUGAUGAAGGAUAUGUGUGCAGAGUGUGGAGCUGAUUUGAUUGAAGAAGCUGAGUCAGGCCAAAAGGAGGCUUUAAUGCAAGCGAAUGUACCAAUGGUUCACAGUAUUCCUGAAUUGAAAGUGACUCCAGAAUUGGCUGAAAAAAUUGGUUUAGAAGAUAAGGAAAGAUUACUCAAUGAUAAGCGAUUGGUACUACUGGUUGAUCUUGAUCAAACUAUUAUACACACGACAAAUGAUCAUGUUCCUAAUGAUUUAGAGGAUGUUUUUCAUUUUCAACUGUAUGGUAAAUUCUCACCAUGGUAUCACACACGUUUGAGGCCUCAUACAAGACAGUUUUUGAAACGAAUAAGUGAACUUUAUGAAUUACACAUCUGUACUUUUGGAGUUCGACAAUAUGCACACCAUAUUGCUCGAACUUUAGAUCAAACUGGAGAACUUUUUUCUCACCGGAUAUUAUCCAGAGAUGAAUGUUUUGAUCCCCAAUCAAAAACAGCAAAUUUAAGAGCUUUAUUUCCUUGUGGUGUUGACAUGGUAUGCAUAAUAGAUGAUAGAGAUGAUGUAUGGCAAGGGUGCUUAAAUCUUGUUCAAGUCAAACCAUAUCAUUACUUCAAAAAUACAGGUGAUAUAAAUGCACCAGAUGGUUUAGAAAAACGAGAUCCUCAAGCACCUAAAAUAGAUUCUGAAGAAGAUUUAUACAAAGAAAAUGAUGAAGGUAACAUAGAAAGUAAUAAUGGUGAUAGCAACAGUGAAGAAAAACCAUCAAAUAAUGAAAAUAAAGAAGAAUUUUCAAACUCUGAUAAUGACCAAGAAGUAGAAGAAAUAAAUGAAAGCAACGAGAAGUGUGAAACAGUAAAAGAAGAAAAAGAAGAUGUCAAAACCGAUAAAAACAAUGAAAAAGAAGCUGAAAAUGAUGAAAGUAAAAAGAAGGAGAAUGAAAAUAAAAAUAAAGUAAAAAAAGAUAAUGAAGAUCAUGAUGACUACUUAUUGUAUCUUGAAGAUAUAUUAAAAAGAAUACAUGCUGAAUUUUACAAUGAGAAAAAUGGCGAUCCAAGAACAAAAACUCUUAAAGAAAUAAUUCCAAAAGUUCGAUUAGGCAUCUUAAAGGGGCUACACUUAACAUUUAGUGGUCUUGUACCUACCAAUCAAAAUCUUGAUGAAAGUCGACCAUACAAAGUAGCAAAAGGUAUAGGUGCUACAAUAACCCAAGAACUAACUGAUAAAACAACACAUUUGGUUGCUGUUCAUCCAGGUACAGCAAAGUGUAGAGAAGCUAAAAAAAAUCCAAAAAUAAAGAUAGUAAAUCCAGAUUGGCUAUGGACUUGUGCAGAGAGAUGGGAACAUGUUGAUGAAAGGUUGUUCCCUCUGAAAGAAGUACCCUUACAAAAAGCUCGCGAAUUCAGAAAACCACCUCCACAUUGUACUACGCCUGAUCCAUCAACACUACCGGAAGCAGAGGAUGAAGAAGAUCCCAAUCAUUUCCCAGACAAUCCUCUAAUAACACUAUCUCGCGAUGAAAUCGCUGAUAUGGGUAAAGAAGUUGAUGACGAUUUAAAGGAUAGUUCUGAUGAAAGUGAUAAUGAUAAUGAUACAAGUAAUUCAUGUAAAAAAAGGGAUCUAGAAUCUUCAGACGAUUCAGAUGAUAGAGAAGUUUAUGGCUAUGAUGAGGAUUCGCGUAUGGCAAAAAAACGUAAAACAGAUAACACCAAAAACGACGAUGUAGACGAAUGUGUAAGUGAUCUUGAUGAAGGCGAGGACGAAGACGACGAAGAGGAUCCAGUUACUAAGUUCCGUCAUGGAGGAGACUUACCAGACUUGGAUCUUGGAGAUACUAAUUCUCUAGAUGUGAGCGAUCUUGAAAAUGAUACUUACGAUGAUAAUAGUGAAUGGAACGCAAUGGGUGCAGCCUUAGAACGGGAAUUUCUAGGAGAUUGAAAAAUCUUUAAACUGUAUACUUUGUUGAAAUAUUUAAUUUUUGUACAGAGUGAAAUUAAGCUCGUUCAACAUUCAUUGUCAUAAAAAAUUAUUGUAGUCAUUGAAUAGUUAAGUAUACAGAUAAGGAUUUUCUCAUUUUAUCAAUUUGAUUGUUAUACAAAAAAAUUGUCUCCUAAAUUCUAUACUUUUUUUUA